GCUUGUUCUUUUUGUGAGUUUCGCAGAUUUAUAAAAAGAUUAUUUUCAGUGCAAAUAUCUACAUUAAUGUGACAAUUUAAAGUGUUUAAAGUAUUGCAAAUUUUUACUGAAUAUUGAACAAAAAGAGUACAGUGAAGAAGAACUAAAUAUUAUAUAUACAUAAGAACACGUUAACGGCGAGUUUUUAUAAGAUUUCCUUUAGCGUAAUAUAAAUGCAGGCAGCAAUGGCGUAAGGGUGAAUGCAAAAAAAGAAUAAACAUUUUGCUGACAAAUAUAUAUUUAAAAAUGGACGAAAUUGAAUACCUGGAAGAGUACGAAGAUUUAAUUCUACCAACAAUGAGUACUCAAACUGCAACUACUAAAGGUCGUAACAGGACUAAUCUUGUUACUAUGCCAGAUGAUGAGGACUCUUCUUCUAUAGAUCAAGAUAUUUUCGACAGUUUAUUCGAUGAUAACUCGGACGACGAGUCCGUAAUGCAUAAAAAAGGGCCUGCAAAACUGAGCCAGCGUAGUGAACACAGUUCACGAUAUUCUCGCGUUUCCAUGGACUCGCUCGAUAUGCUUGUAAAAGAAUUAGGUGAGCCAUUCAAUCCAAAUGCAGAUGGUUCGAAAUCAACUAAUAAACCCCAACCUAAACAAAGCAAUGUUAAGGUUACUCAACCCAACAAAACAGUACAAAAAUCUACAACCACAACUACAAUGGCAAAAGGUACCAACUCACCAACGCCUGUAUCUAGUGUUAGCAUGAAAACAAACAAAACAGAAGCAGCUAAAACAACUGUGGAACGCAAUAACAAAACUAAAUCCGUGGCUACGGUAAGACCAACGGUGCAACAGAAUCUGGGCCAAGCAUCAGCAUCAACAAAGUUAAUAAAUUCAAAUGAUAACGUGUUGCCAACAACACGCAUAUUACAAAGCAAUAGAAGUGGUGGUAUACAAAAUGCGAAAAUAACUAGUGAUUCAGGUAAGGUAGCCUCGCCCACUCCGUCAACAUCGCGUAAACAAAUUUCAGCUGCUACUUCAACAACCGGCAGUAACAGUAAUUCGCUUAACAGUAGCAAGCAUAACACGCCAAUGACAGGGUCUAAGCGAAUUGUUGAACGUUCGCAGACAACCAUUAUAAAACCUGAGAAACCACAGAUUAAAGAUCCCGCAGAAGAUCCUUUAAGUUUGGAAAAUAUUGAAAAUGAAUCGGAAAGCGAUACUGAUUCGUUUAUAUACUCCGAUGUAUCUGCUGAUACAUUCGUUACGUUGAGUGAUGUGGACUAUGAUGAACGGCAUAUUAUUGAAUUGUCCAACGACUCCAACUAUGAACGUGCUAAUCUAGACAAAAUACGUGGGUCAACGCCUUCCCCCACAGUUUCUGAUGAUUAUAAAAGUGAUAAGGAGGAUACACCGACAAAAAUGACGUCGAAAUUUGAGGAAAAUUCUAAGGAGGGCUCUGUAUUGGAAAAAAAUGCAAAUGUUACGUCGAAAUUUCGAGUACGACAGUAUGUUGACGCCGAGGUAACAACAAGUCGUCAACGAAAACAAGAAACGCCUAAUAUUUCGAAUGAUAAAUUGUCGAAUGCGGAAAUAAAUUCAACAUCAAAGGAUACGCUAUUGGAGCGUAUAGAUACUGUGCUAUCCGUAGCAAAUGAUAAAGCAGAGGGGCUUAAAUUUAAUACGAAACAUAUUGAUAAAGUCGAACCUGAAGAUGAAGUUGUAAUUGAUAGUAAAGAUGAGGCCAAAGAUAAAACGGAUAAUAUGCCAGAAAGUGCAAUUGCUUGUGAUAGUCACGUGGAUGGCAUGCCAAUUGUGAAGCCAGGAGUAAUUCAAGAGCCAUCCACAACUGAAACAAUGGAAAUCGAUAUGGGAGAAAUUGUGGAGGAAGACGUUGAAAAAGAAAAAAGUAAUUUGGAGAAUAAAAUUAAGGAAAAUACUAUUGAAGAAUGUAAAGAAAUGCCAGAUUAUGAUAGAAGUACUAAUGACGCAAUAAGUGUUACAGCAAAUGAAAAAGCUGAUGAUGUUGUAAUGCAGAACUUGCCAACUUCUGAAAAUAUUGAUGAAUCUGUGCACCAACUAGAAGUCAUAAGUGAGCAGGUUGUCGAAACAAUGGAGAACGUUGAGACAAACGAAAACUUAAAUACAAAACAAAGUGACACAGAGUGCACUGCAAAUGUGUGCAACGAAAGAGAAGUGAGCGAAAGAAAUGCUAAUAAACUGCAAGAAGCGGCAGUUGCAGUAGAAAGUGCAACUAAUAAAACUCCAAAUAUUUGUAAUGAAGGUGAAGUGAGAAAUGUAGUGGCAAAUGUAGCUCCUAAAAAGCUGGCAGAUGAAAGCAAGAGCGAGAGUGCGAUAAAAACAGAUGGCAAAAAUGUUAAAAGCCAAGGUGACGAAAACGAAAUAGAAAAGGAUGAUACCAAAGCGCUUGCCGAAAAAGACAUCGAUGAAGAAAAUUUCGAGUUGAACACGGGAGAGGAAACAAAUGCAGAGUUGCAAUUGGAGAAGCACGAAGAACAAAAUGAAAUAAUAGCUGCAUAUGCUACGAAACAAACUGAGGAGACUGAAAAAAGCAAACAGGGUGAAAUUAAAAAUGAAAGCUCGUCAGAAAAUUCAAAACCACAAAAGGAGAAUGAGGAAGAUUGUCCGACCAGGUUGAAAAAUGCCAAAGCAGCGCAAGAAACUGUUAAGAAAAUGCGUGGAACGGAUAAACAACGCGUGAGCCUAAGGCGUUCACAGACACCUGUGAGUGCCAAAUUUACGGAAAGUAAAUCACAGAUUCUUACCAAGAAAUCAACCGAGAAAGAAUCAAAGUCUACCAAUGACACGAAGGGAACUGCAUCAAAAGCUAGUGAUGAAGCAAAUGUAGAAAAAGUUGUGGAUGAUGUGUAUAUAACGGACGCAAAAAAAAAUGCAACGCUUGUAUCUAAAGAUGGGAAAUCGAAUGAAGAUAUCGACAGUGUCAAUAUGAAAGAAGUGGGAAAAACGUCACAAUCCAGCAGGAACAAAAGUAAUACACAAAAAACGGAUAACAAAAUUGAUGAUAACAGCAAGAGUAUGAGUAAAUCCAAUAUAGAGACGGAUAAGACAAGUUCUGAAAUUCAAUACAGGAAGCCUAGAUACGAAAAAAAGGAAGAGGUUUUACGAGCAGUUUCGAAUAGUGAACGCAGCGAACGAUCUCAAACGCCUCGUGGUAGAAAAAUUGAAAAAACUCCAAGCGAAGUAGCGGAACCACAAUCUGUAGGUGGAAAGCAAGAAGUAGGUGAGAGUGAACAUAGCAGCACAGUAAAAGAUGUAGAUGAAAAGAAACUCAUAAAAGAAGCUACAGCAGAGACACAACCUAAACCCGAAGAUAUGAUGUGCUUAGAAAAGUGCAAAACGCCUGAAUUGACACCAAGACACGAUAAAAGAGUGCGUGGACUAGUGGUCUCCUUGAAGAAGACCGAUUUAUCAAAAGUUCUUAAUGAAAAACUUUUACGGAAAAUAAACACCCAAGCAAAAGGUGAAAGGCCAACUGAUUUAAAGGAGAGUGAGACAGCAGCCGACGUAAACAUAGAAAAAGCCAAAAUAGACUCGAAAGAGCAAGAAAUGCCGACGGUUACAACAAAAAGUAGAUCGAAGGAGCCUAUGCCUUCAGAUGUAAAGAAAAAAGAUUCUUCCGUUGAAAAAUCAGCAGAAGAAAGAAACAAAGAUUUAAAAGUAGAAAAUACUACAGAGAAAGCGAAAGAAGAUAUUAAAUACGAUAAUCUUAAAGAUAAAGCUGAUAUAUCUAGGAGAGAUGAAAAAUCGGGCGAUAACUCAAAGAGGUAUUCUAAAUAUGAAACACCUAGAAGUAAAAGCAGGCGAGAUCGAAGUACUGAUAAAUCUGUAGAAAAAGUAAGUGAGCAUUCGAAAUCCAUGAAAGUUGAGGAUAAAGCAGAACAUUCAUCGAAAGAAAUCUGUAAUAAAGCAAAUAAGGAUUCAAGAUUAGAAAAAUUUGCAGAUGAUACAAAAAGAUAUUCAAAGGGUGAAAAAAUUCCAGAAAGGUCAAAGAGAGAAUCGAAAUAUGAGAGGUUUACGGAGAGAGCAAAGAAGGAAUCAAAGGAAGAAAAUCCUGCAGAAAAAUUAAAGACUGAUUCUAAAGAUUCUACAGAUAGAACAAAGAAAACUUCGAAAGAGGGAAAGUCGAUGAGUGAUCGCAAAUAUGAAACAGAAAUGAAGGAAUCAAAAGAGAAACCUGAGUAUAAAAUGAGGGGAGACUUAAAAGAAGAAAGAUCAAAGAGUUCUUCCAAAAGGUCUACAGAGAGAGCUAAGGAGGGUUUAAACGAAGGAAAAUCUGCUGAAAAAACAAAGACUGAUUCAAGAGAGUCUAUGGAGAUACCAAAGAAGGCUCCAAAAGAAGAGAAAUUUUAUGAAAAAUCUAAAAGAGACUCAACAGAAACGUUUGAUGACAAAUGUAAAAGAGACUCGACAGACGAAAAAAGUGUCGAAAAAAUUAAGGGUGAAUCAAAAGACUCUACACAUAGGACAAACAAAGGUUCAAAUGAGGCAAAAUCGACGCGCCUUUCAAGAUAUGAUAAAUCUAUAGAACGCUCAAAGAAGGAUUCAAAGGACGAAAAAUCUGAGAUAAAUGUAAAUAAAGUAUCAAAUCAGAAAAGACCAUCUGCAGAAGCUAAGAUUGAAUCAAAACAUGAAAAGACCGCUGAUAGAUCCAGGAAAGAUUCAAAGGAGGAAAAAGUAAGAGGUUAUUCUAUAGAGCGCUCAAAGAAGGACGAAAAAUCUGAGAUAUAUGCAACUAAAGUUUCAAAUGAGAAAAAAACAUCAGAAGAAGCUAAGAAUGAAUCAAAUCAUGAAAUGUUCGCCGAUAGAUCCAGGAGAGUUUCAAAGGAGGAAAAAGCAAGGGGUGUUUCGAAAGAGGAAAAAACUUCAACGUCAACAAGAGUUGAUUAUAAAGAGACAAAAAAUUCGGAGCAAUCAAAGAGUGAUUCAAAAAAAUCUACAGACAAAGAAGAGAAAGACUCAAAAAGUAAGGAAUCUGAAACAAAGGCAACAAUUAUUUCGAAGGAAGAUAAACUUACAGAUAAAACAAUUGAAGAUUUAGAAGAAACCCAAGAGGUAAAAGCAAAGUCAGAAGAUGACAAAAUUACCGAUUAUCGGCAGUUAAAAUGGAAAACUGAGAAAUAUACACGGAAAACGAAAUCUACUAAAGAUACUAAGAAAGUGUCAGAGAGUGAACUGAACGUUGAAAAGGAAUCUAAAAUUGGGACUUGGGAAGCAAAGGAAUCUAACGCACCAACUGUAAUGGAAACCGAAACAGGCGAUAAGAAAACUGUAGGGCAGAAUUCGGCACUCUCUGAAGAGUUGAACAUGGAAUCAAAUGCAGACUCUACCGAAACUGAAACUACUCAAAAUUGCGAAGAAGAAAGCGAAAGCAAGUUAAUAGCAUCCACUAUUGAGAGUCGAAGAGAAGAUAUAGAAGUGAUAGAAGAAAAGGGAGGUGCGAACGAUAAUGAAAAUACUAGUCAAGUAGAGCAGAACGAUAAUAAAGGUCACACAAUGAGUGCAAACGUCGAUAAAACCCAAAACGAGCGCUGCGAAUCUCAAAAAACCAACGAAAGCAAGCAUGAAUAUCAAGUUAAUAAAGAAACAACGGAACCUACUCUUAGUACAAAGAAAGCUGAAAAGGAAACAGCUAUUAGCGGAAGCACUGAGAAAGCUGAAGAAAUAAUGGCUGCUAUUGAAAACACUGAUAAAUCUAAGAAAUAUGGAGUUGUUCCAAAUAGCGCUAGCGAAAAAUAUGUUUCGAGAAGAGGAAAAUUCUAUAAAACACGAGAGAAAAAAGCGGAGAUUAAAAACGAAGAAGAGUCUGCUGAAAAAGAGGGACCGGAAGCUAUAGCUGAGACCAAAAAGGAAGAAGAGUCUGCCGAAAAGGGACCGGAAGCUAAAACAGUUGCAGAAAAUUCAGAAGGUACACUUGAAAAGAAAGUUGAAAAAGAAAAGGAACAUAAAUGUUCACAAAAGCAAGAAGAGAACAAAACGGAAAUUGUAGAAAGCAAUGAUGUAGGUAAAGUGGAAACUACAACUGUUGCCGAAAGCGUCCAAAAGGUCUUGCAAGCAACAAAAGUUGACGAAAAUGCCACGAAAAAACGAGCUAAAUCCCGAAGAGUUGCUGAAAACACGCAGAAACAAGAGAUUACGAAUGUGGAAGUUGAAGUAGAGGAAGAAAUAACACAAAAUGAACGAAAGAAAACUGACACUACAAUAGAGAAUAAAAAUGUAGCUGAAUCCACAGAUGGGAAAGCAGCAACAAAAGUUGUGGGUAGUACCGAUAAAUUAGGAAAUCCAAAUGAUACGCAAACGGUCGACGAAAUUGCAAACGAGAAUUUAAAUAAAGAAGUCGUAGUAGAAGAUGCACCGGUGAAUGCCGACGAAAUUGAACACGACCAAGCUAAAGCUGGAACAUUAAAAGAAACCGUAAACACCACGUUAGAUGUGAAUGCAAAAACUCAAACAGCAGAUGAAAAUGCAAAAAAGAAUGUCGAUGCUGAAUCUGUUAACACGACUGUAAAAAAUGAUUCAAGUCAAACUCAUGGAGACGAGGGCGACACAGAAAAUACAGAUCAAUCAAGUAAGCAAGAGUUUUCUACGCAACAAACACCAACAACGAAGGAGAAAGGUGCUGUGGAAAGUGAGAAGGAACCAGCAACUGGAAGUGGCGGCAGCAGAACCACGAAACAUAAUCGUAUACGCAAUAAUGCAGAUAUAAAAAUAAUUUCUCAAUCGCCACAACUGCAGUCGGCUGACGAGGACGAACAUGAGGGCGCGACACGUCGUUCAAUGCGCACGCGCGCUGCCGAUCAUUCGCCUAGCAUUAAAAACGAAACUCACAAAAAAGGCGCUAAAGCUGCAAAUCAAACGCCAAUUUCGGCAAACGCUACACAAAAACUGCAAAAAGAGCAACCGAAUAGCAGUCGAAAUGUUACAGCGACGCCAACAACGAAUUUGACACGCAAGCGCAUGCGUGAUCUCACGCCAAACACAUUAGACGAAAAUAACGAACAAGAAAAGUCGCUGAGCAAAAAAUUAAAAUGGGAGUCGGUACGAAAAUCGUCACGCAUACACCACGAUGACGUCGACACCAGCGAAGGUGAACCUGAUGCCGCUGCGCUUGCCCAACGAGGCAUUAAAUCCUUUAGCGCAAAGGAAAGUCCAGCAAACAUGAGCGCACAAGAGAAGCAAGGCAAAUCAACGAAAAUUAGCAAGAGUACACACGAGAGUGCAACCAAUGUGGCAACAAAGUAUAGCACUGCCUCCGAAGUUAAGCAAUCGUUAACUGGCGAUAAUUUAAAAACUUCUAAAACGCGCGAAAAAUCAAUCAACACCAGUCAUAGCGCUAAUAAAACUCACACACCAGAGGUGAAACGUAAGCAGGAACAUGAAAAGUUACCAACCACAACAACAUCGACCGAGCCGGGUAAGAAACGUAGAGCUGAGCUGGAAAAUGCACAACAGUCAACCAAGAAGUUAGCACGUGCAAAUGAUGAGUCCACACAACAACAAAAGAACACAACGUCUAAAAGCACAGUUAAACAAGCAGCCUCCACCUCGACUGGCACGCCAACGGCUGUAACACGUAUCGAUACAAAAGCUGAUCAUGCGCACGGAUCAAUGGCAACAGAAGACACUGAUCCAUUGCAAUUGCCGGUGAAACGCUUUAAACGAUUGCAAGCCAUCGAUGGUUAUGAUACAUUAAAUAUAAGCGAGGAGCGCAAAGAAAUUAAAGCAGAAGAGUUGGACAACAAAAAUGUAACAUCAAAACGUAAAUCAUUGCGGGCUGCAGGGCCAACUGAUAGCACCAAAACGGCUGAAACAGCACAUAAGUCAACACCAAAACAACAAAUUCAACAACAACAGCAACAAAAAAAUCAACAGCUGCUGCAACAACAGAAGCAGCAUCCGCCUCAGCAACAAAAUAAACAACAACAGCAGCAACAAAGAGCUGUGCCAGCGAAGCAAGUAGAAGCCACAACUACUGUGUUGCUUAAGGACAGGAAGAUUGUUGUACCCAACCGGACCGGCGAAGAUGCAAUGAGUACCGAUAAAGUCAGUUCAAGCAAAUCACCCACAAAAUCACCUGGUUCUAAGGUAAUCACUUUCAAAGAGUGGUUAGAGCAACAGAAGAAAAGUACCUCUGAAGACGGUGGUGAAGAAAUGCUCUUUGAGCCCGAUGAAAGUGCCAUACGUAUGGAUAAUAUUGCGACCGCCACAACGACGGAGCCGAACCGCGGCAAUCUAAGCGCCAGCGAAGUAAGCACUGUUGCCGAGCAGAAACCAAAUGAGACAGCAGUGGUGCAAACCGCAGUCGCUGAGGUGAACGCGAAUAAAAGUUCAUCGAAGAAAAUGAAUGUACGUGAUGCCAAUAAAAGAAAGAGGCAGACAGAGGCGGAGUCAAACGCAACGAAGGAAGCUGUUGCAAAUGAAUUGCCCAAACAUACGCCACCCGCUGCAAAGCAUGGCCGCAUUGAAAAAGUGUUCACACCAGCAGCUGCACAGUUUAAACGGCCAUCAUUGCCGCAAAGAGUGUCACGUCUGACACCAUCGCGUUUCAACAACCGUCCAUCAACACAGGUCGAUGGUCGCGCAGGCGUACACGGCACACAACAACAUCCAAGAAAAUUAACGGUACAGCAGCUCGACACUAAAGUGAAAUUGCGUAAAUUGCGUGUUCGCAUUAAUCGUUCCACCGUUGCAGCAUAUUUCAAAAAUUUUAAUUUAAAGGUUAAAGAGCAAGUUGUUGAGAAUCCGGCUAUCUUAUCUUCGCAUUCAGUGACUGACAUUAGAGUAUCAGAAAGCGAAGCCAAACCUACAGAGCCUUCGCAAAAACGUAGCCCCCAAAAGGAUCCACUUGCUCCAGCUAAGAAACGCAUAGUCAGCCAGCCUACAACAGCAACAACCCCGUUACAGUUGCCUACACUAACGGCGCGCCCAAACGUUAUUUCUGCGGCAGAGGGUAACGAUGCGUUGAAAUCUUCACCGGCAGCUAUGCCAGCAUUAACGAAAGUGCCGCCCGGCGUGGACCAAACAUCUCCAACAAAAUCUCAAGAAAACACAGAUGCUUCCCAAACUGAAGCAGCAGAUCAGCAAUUUGGCAGCACAGAAGAGCUAUCUCUGUUAACUCCAAUGAAAUGUGUCACAGUACCACAUUCGACGCACAACAGUUCACGUUCACAGCAGCAACAACAACAACAGCAACAAAUUACUUCAACAGCCGCAGAAGUUAUGCGUGAGAAACGCUCAAGCACGACAAGCAGUUCUGACGCCAGCGUCAUACAACGAUCGCAAUCGACUGGCAAGCAAACCAACAGCAGCAGCAGCUCCACAAUCACCGCCGCUAGUACUGCAAGUAUAGCUAACGAUACACAGUUACCAUUCACACCGGUAGUGCCUAAAGAAGAGGUAGUGGAUGGCCACACAACGCCCGCACAACAAGCAGCUGCUGGUAUUACGUCGGGCACAAGCUCAGACAACGCGGCCACCACGAAUUCCUUGGCUUCGCGUACACUGGCUAUAGCAGCCGCCACCAAUUCGGCACUCAAUCAAACGCCUACAAAUGAUCCAAGUGGUUAUUAUGGACUGACGCCGACACAGUUGGAUUCAAAUGGUACGCGUCUGUAUUCCUUCUUGCAUCCAGCUAAGUAUAAUCGUAAUCACGGCUGCGUAUUGCUCGACUACUGCUGUCCAAAUCUAGACGGCCCAAUGCCUGCUAUUGAUCCGACACGUAUACACGCGCAAGUGCAGGCCGGCGUACGCGAACUGCCCGCUUACAUAGUGAUGUCAACGAAACUUAUAACACGCGCCGAUUUGGAGGCCAACAAGAAUGUUAUACCGGCCUCCAUCCGGCAAAAGGUGGAAAAAAUCACUGCUGAUGCUACGAACACGUCUGUGCCGACGAUUGCAAGUUGUGCACCGAAUACAGCUGUAGCAAACGUAACACCGGUGGCACCACCUGUGCCCGUCAGCAAUCCCACAACAUCAACAACUGCACUAACGCCUACCAUAACGGCAUUGCAAAAACAUUUGCCCUCAACCACGGUUAUUACACCGAAAUUGAUGCCAUCGACAUCUACACCCACGAUGGCCACACCAGCAAAUGCAACAUCUCAAUUACCGACUGUAUCGGAUUAUCAGCGUUCUUUGUUGCGCACCAGCAUACGUCAGUUCGAUGCACGUCUCAAAAAAUACUAUUAUCGCAUUGCAAUGCUUUCGUUUUCCGAACGACAGACGAUUAUUGACAGCAUGAUCAACUCAACAACGCUGACACCCAAAGAUGUCGACUGUGCUGUGCGUUUGAUUGACGAGUAUGCUGCACAAAUCGGUAUAGCGACAACUACCAGUACGACCAAUGUAACUUCGCCAGCAAUACAAUCAGUAUCAAAAGCUAUAACAACACAAACUACCAACACUGUGGUGCGCACCACAACAAUACAGCAACAGUCACAGAAAUCGAAUUUGCAAAGUUCUAAAACUCAAGUUGCCGUCCUAGAUAAGGACAAUAGUUUAUUGGGUUAUCAGCUAGCAGCUUCACCAAUGCCGAUGAACAAAUCAUCAAUAUCUACAAGGUCCAGUAUAAUGUCGACGUCGAUAACAGGCAGCAUGAACACAUCGUUGCCAACUGUUUCGACUACGUCGAGCAUUGUGUUACCCACACUGAAGGCUACACAGGCCUCACCAAGAAUUUUUUACACCAAACCUCCAAUGCAGACGUCUACACCAAUUGCAACAACUACUAGUAACGUUAACACACCGCUUAACGAUGGUAAAACCACAUCGCUGAGAAGUACACCACGAAUGGGGCGAGAGUUGACAAUACGUCAGAUUCCACAAAAACUCAAUUCAGUCCCGGUGUCAGCCUCAACAGCAACAGGAACUCUACCAACGCGCCGUUUGCCAACAUUGACACGUAAUCCACAUCUGUCAGCAGGCAGCUCGGCUGAAAAGAGCAUAUCCGAAACGAUUACAACGCGUUCGGCUGUCACCAUUUCAACUGCACCAAAGCGCAUGACACGCGCCACCGCAGCUGCCAAAGUGGUUGUGAUAACACAGAAUACUGAUGGCAAUAGUGCGCCGCAAGAUGAAUGUAUUCUGCCGGACGGGCAUGAAAAUACUGAAAUUAAACGUGAGAAGGUCGAUGAUGAUUUUGUUGGUGGUAAUUAAAUAUAAUACAAUAUAUACAUAUAUUUAUCAUUUUUUAUAAUAAAAAUAUAAAAAAUAUGAUAUAAAAGUAGUAAUAACAAUGGAAAAACAACAACUAUUUAUAAGAUCAAUACACUAUGACAACUACUUAUCCAAUAGAAUGUUGGAAUGUUGUACGGGGAGUAGCGUAAAAUUGUUUUGCUAGAUUAAGUUUUACUAUAAUGACUUCAGUCCUUUAUAAGUUUCUCUCAAUUGCAUAAAUGUUUACGAUUUUUUUCAAAAUGGUGUUUAACAUUUUUUCUCAUUAUUCUUCAUUUAAUUUGCAAAGAAAUACAUAUGUACUAAAUAUGUAAACAUUAUUUCAUAUUUUAAUGUAUGCAGCAUUUUAGUAAUAGCGGCUAAAUUUCUCCCAAUAAGGACUAAAUCAAGCACCCAUGUUCAUCGAAUUCUCCUACAACUAUACUAUACUGCAAUGUAUGACGUAACAUUUUAUUUACCAAUAAAUAUAUUUGUAUGCAUAGUAAUUUACUGAAA